GCUAUGUUUGGGGGGGCUUUUUUGCUCCCCUGCUUAUAAGCACCAGAGCAACAAGUGUUUGGUGAGUGAGCUUAUGGUCAGCUUUUGGAAAAAGCUGCCCCAGCUUCCCCCAGCUUUUAGAAGCCAGAAGCCCGCUGAGUACUGUAGCGGUGAUUACUGUUCAUUAAUGAAAUUUUUUAAAUCCCGGUUUCUACCCUCCGUUGGCUGAAGCAAUGACAGUGAACUGCCAUCAAACCCUCGAUAUCGAUAUCAGUCUCUCGCUCUCCCAUCUCCCUCUGCUCGAUCACAGAACGCAUCCCAUCCCAUCAAGCAAGCCUCGAUCUCCCUCUGCUCGAUCUCCCUCUCACAGAACCCAUCCAGUCGCCGCCACAUCUCGCGCAUCCCAUCUCGAUCUCCCUCUAAUCACAGAACCCAUCCAGUCGCCACCGCAUCUCGAUCUCCCUCUAAUCAGAGAACCCAUCCAGUCGUCGCCGCAUCUCGAUCUCCCUCUAAUCAAAGAACCCAUCCAGUCGCCGCCGCAUCUCGAUCUCCCUCUAAUCACAGAACCCAUCAGUCGCCGCAUCUCGAUCUCGGCCUCACUUGCAUCUCAUCAGGAUUUCGGAAGUGAAAUUGAAGCCUCAAUCAAGCAAAUGGCUGUUUGGAAUGAUGCUUUAGUAGAUGUUUUUUGUGACUUAUGUAUCAAGGAGGUGGAUAACAAUAAUCGUCCACAUACUCAUUUUAAUCCGGAGGGAUGGGUGAAUAUAAUCAAUAAUUUUUCUAUAGAAACGGGCAAAGAAUAUACUAGAAAACAACUGAAAAAUAAAUGGGAUUCCCUCAAAGAUCAUUGGAAAUUAUGGAAAGACUUGAAGGGAAAAGAGACUGGUCUUGGGUGGGAUCACAGGCGUCAAACUAUAGAUGCAUCCGAUGAGUGGUGGCGCCUCAAGAUUGAGAAAAACAAGGAAUAUGGAAAGUUAAAUAAAAAGGGAAUUGCACCCGAUUUUGAAGACAAGUUGGAUAAGAUGUUCAUGGGUAUUUCAGCCACUGGUCAGCAUGCAUAUUCACCAUCUUCUGCACUACCUAUCCCUACAAGUCCACAACAAGGUAACAAUGAGGUGAACCUUGAAGGUAGUGGUGACUCUGAGGACAAUGAUGAUUUGGCCCCCACUCUGCCUAAAAGAAAAAGAAAUGAGAGAGCUGAGAAAGGUAAAGGAGUAGUACCAAAAAAAGAAAAGGUGGGAGGUGCUGCUCAUUUGGCUAAACAAAUUAAUCGAAUGUGUGAGGCAAUUGAGAGUAGGAGCACAGCAACUUCCAUGGUCCAUAAAAGUGUAGAAGGUGGAGGCACCAGUAUUAAGGACGUGAUGAAGGAUGUCACCUCAUUGCCUGGUAUCGAGCAGGGUAAUAGUUUGUGGUUUUUUGCCACUCGACUGUUUUUAAGUCAAGAGAAGAGGGAGAUGUAUUUCACUAUGGAAGAUCCUAACGUGAGGUUGGAGUGGCUGAAAUUUGAGAUGAACGAUAAAUAA